CACUGCAACAGAGCGACGCGACGAAACAGCGCAGAUCGCUUGGCCAAUUAUAAUGGCAGCGUUGAAGUUUUGACGCGUCGCGUCUCGCAGUUUACAGCACAGCUACAAGCUCGAGCUGCACAACCGGUUAGACGCCUCCAAACCCGGAAGACGCGCGUGUAAGGGAUGGGAAAGAUCUCUCUUCAUUUCACUUGAUCAAACUUUACUAAAAUUCACAAAACUUGGACUCCUGUCAGUCACUUCUGGUCACACAACAGCUUUGAUAAGGAUGGCAGCGUCCGCGAUCUUCAUCCUGGACCUUAAAGGCAAGGUGCUCAUAUGUCGAAACUACAUGGGCAAUGUGGACAUGAGUGAGAUCGACAACUUUAUGCCCAUAAUGAUGAAGAGAGAGGAAGAUGCAGAUUUGUCACCAGUGGUUAUUCACGGCUCUACCCACUACCUCUGGAUAAAGCAUAGCAACCUCUACUUGGUUGCAAUAACAAAGAGGAAUACCAAUGCUGCUCUUGUAUACUCCUUCCUGUACAAAUUAGUGGAGGUGUUCAUUGAAUAUUUCAAGUCACUGGAAGAAGAGAGUAUUCGAGACAAUUUUGUGACCGUAUAUGAGCUAAUGGAUGAAGUCAUGGACUUUGGAUUCCCUCAGACCACUGACAGCAAGAUCUUACUAGAGUACAUCACCCAACAGGGGCAUAAACUGGAGGUGGGAGCGCCACGGCCCCCGGCUACAGUAACCAAUGCUGUGUCUUGGAGGUCAGAAGGCAUCAAAUAUAGAAAAAAUGAAGUCUUCAUGGAUGUCAUUGAGUCUGUCAAUCUAUUGGUCAGUGCUACAGGCAGUGUCCUGCGUAGCGAGAUUCUGGGCAGCAUCAAAAUCAAUGUCGUUCUGUCAGGCAUGCCUGAGUUAAGGCUUGGACUCAAUGACAAAGGUCUCUUCGAGAUCACAGUCCGGGAGAAGAGCAAGUCUGUGGAGCUGGAAGAUGUGAAAUUUCAUCAGUGUGUGCGUCUCUCUCGCUUUGAGAAUGACCGGACUAUCUCUUUCAUCCCACCUGAUGGAGAAUCUGAACUAAUGUCUUACAGACUCAACACCACGGUGAAGCCUCUAAUAUGGAUUGAGAGCAUAAUAGAGAAGUUCUCUCACAGUCGAGUAGAGAUCAAGGUUAAGGCCCGCAGUCAGUUCAAGAGCCGCUCCACUGCCAACAAUGUGUCCAUCUUAGUUCCUGUUCCUAGUGACGCUGACUCCCCCAAAUUUAAGACCACCACGGGCCAGGCUAAAUGGGUUCCUGAGAAGAGUGCUGUAGAAUGGAACAUUAAGUCCUUCCCUGGUGGGAAAGAGUUCAUGAUGCGAGCUCAUUUUGGACUGCCAAGUGUGGAAAGUGGUGAACUCGAGGCCAAGCGACCAAUCACAGUAAAGUUUGAGAUUCCUUACUUCACAGUGUCAGGCAUUCAGGUGCGAUACUUGAAGAUUAUCGAGAAGAGCGGAUAUCAGGCAUUACCGUGGGUGCGUUAUAUUACUCAGAGUGGAGAUUAUCAACUGAGGACCAACUGAGAGAGGACAGCACCUGUGUAUGUUGUGUGUUCUGUCUGUCCUUUUUCAUCUGUGAGACAGCUACUGCUUUUCACACAGCAGUUGGACUGCUAUUGCUUUUGUCUGAGAUCAGGUCAGAUCGCAAAGUUACUGAGAAAUUCCUAUGAAACAAUGGAUUUUGGGUUAUAAUCCAAAUGUCUUAUUACAGAAACAUCCUAGAAUCUACCUAUAUAUGUUCUAUUUAAAGAGAUAUUUUAACCCACACGUCGUUCCAAACCGAUCUGUAUUUCUUUGUUUUAUUUA